AUGGAAAGAAAGAACAAAGGUCGCCAGAGAAUCGCCAUGACCAAGAUGGAGAAAGAGAGCAGCCGACAAGUCACCUUCUCUAAGCGUCGUUUCGGCCUUUUCAAGAAAGCUAGCGAGCUUUCCAUUCUUUGUGGAGCUCAGGUGGCGGUGAUAGUGUUCUCGCCCGGAAAUAAGGCCUUCUCUUUUGGUAACCCGAGCGUGAACGCCGUCAUUGACCAAUUCCUGACUGGAAAUCGGUCUCCGGAAACGGUGAGGGAUCGGAACAACGAGGCUCGACGGAACGCCACCAUGAUGGAGCUAAGCCAGCGGCUGAACCUUGUCGAAAACAUGCUCGAGGUUGAGAGGCAGCGAGGCCGGGAGUUGGACCAGAUGAGGAUUGCUAGCCGGGGAAAAUUCUGGUGGGAGGAACCGAUUGACAAGAUGAACAUGAAACAGCUAGAGAAGAUGAAGAUGGCCAUGGAGGAUCUGAAGAACAUGGCCAUCAAGCAGGUGGAGAAGGUGAAACAAGAGCAAGAGACUAGUGAUGUCAAUACUUUCAUGGUAAGGUCGAGCUUUUUGGGCGGUGGCGGUAGUGUGCCGCCGUUUCUUGCAGGAGGAGCCAGCGACGAUCCUCCGUCUCUUCUUGCUGGGCGUGGUUUUUCUGGUGCUCCAUUUGAUGCUGGGGCAUCAAGCUCUGCUCCUCCAAUGGUCCCUGGAUUUAACCGUGGCUCUAGUCGUUCAUUCAAAUAAGUGUCUUUGAUAGUUAUGUUGGUUUUGUUGUCUUGU